CCAUUUUCAAAAUUGGUGUAAAUAUUACCGAAUCCCCUUUUCCCUCAAUUAUUUGUGUUUAAGCGAUUCCGGUCGUGUACACUCCCUUGUGCCGGCGACAUUUCCUUGUUCCUUCUACUCAUUCUUCCGCUGCCAAAGUUGCGAAAUUCCCCUCCAUCUGAGCAACCAACGCUCUCAUUUCUCCCAUCUCCUCGAUAAACCCUAAUUCUCUAAACCCUAGCCUUUGCUCAUCCUGCAAAUUAUAGUGAGUUGGUUGUCAAACUAUAUUCGAAGAUGAGUACAAGCGUGCAAAGAACUCCUAAAUCUGGUAGACAGUCGUUGUUUUUCAAUGAUUUAGCUACUCCCAUCUCUUCUAGGAGGGGUAAAUUUUCAACUCCAGGUCAGGCAGCGGCGGUUUCUGCACUCUGGCGAGAAAAUUUUGCGAGUUCUGAUCUUCCUCCACCCCCAGUGUUUACCUUAGAAGACCGUUCAGACUACUCAACAGAAUCUGGUAUUAUGGACUAUCCCAUGUCUCCUGAAGCUAAAUCAGAUCCUAGAACUCCUGUUCAGAAUUCUGGCCGAGAAAUCCCAACACCACUGAACACUAAAUCUGAGGCUAGCACUUCUAUAGGUUUGACUGGAAGUCAGCAAAAUCAACAAGGGUCCCUGAGUUUGAAUUGGUGGUCCCCUGGUAAAAGCACUAGUGAUCAAGAAGAGAAAGGAAAGGGUUCCCCUGUUGAGGGUGUCGUACAGCCAGGAGCUUUGAUUACUGUUCCUCAGCCAAGGGAAGUAGCAAGGCCUGAGAUGCAAAGGAGUAGUCUUCCAGCUGGGAAUCUCAACGAGGAAGAAUGGGUCACUGUUUACGGAUUUUCUCCAGGGGACACCAAUUUGGUCUUACGGGAGUUUGAGAAAUGUGGUGUUGUACUAAAACAUGUUCCAGGACCAAGAAAUGCUAAUUGGAUGCACAUUCUCUACCAGAAUCGUGCUGAUGCUCGUAAAGCACUUAGCAAGAAUGGGUCACAAAUAAACGGUGUCCUUAUCGUGGGGGUGAAGCCUACAGAUAUAGGACAGCGUCAGGCUCUUGAUGAAAGGGUGAACAACCAAGGAUUUAUGCCGAUGCCCCCUACAUCAUCUGGGUUGAAUUCUGAGCAAAUCUCUUCAACGACUUCUGCUCGUCCUUACUAUCUUCAGAAUGUUACCGGGACUGCAAAGCAGUCUAAUGCAAUUGCUUCCCCAGCAAAAUCCGUUGUAUCUAAGGUCAUGGAUUUAAUGUUUGGUGUCUAGGUCAGCCCCCAAAGCUCACGGUGCUCUAGAAACCAACGGUGUAUUCUCUUGUAUGUGCGAUGAAGAGGCCAGAUGGUGGUUACAAAGAUUCUUUGAAGCCGCAAAUGGCUGGAUUUUUACGUUUUCGCUAUUUUGUUUUUAAAUUUCGAUUGAAUUAGGAGAGUAAUUUUGGAUAAUUAAAACUUUUAAAUCUAUUCUGGUUAGCUUUUAAAAAUUUCAAUUCAAGUUAUCUUUUAAAAA